CGUACUGUAAAAGCGGAAGUUCACGGAUCGAUCGUCACGAAUUUGUCUAAAUCCCUUCCUUUUUGCGAGUCGUGGCAAAAAGAGUUAAGCUUUCACUUCAUAUUUCAGUCUUUCCCUCUAUCCAGUCAAAACCAUCUUUUUAAGUUAAUUCUACUUUAAACUAAACCCAUUUUUAUAAACUUUUUUUUGAAGUUUAUUUCUUCACUAAAUUCUCACAGCUUUAAUUUUGAUAUGAUCUUCAUUAGUUAGGUUUUGACAUGUGAAGGUGGAUAAUGAAGAAUUUUUUGUUUUAUUUAUUUUGGUUGGAGUUGAAAUGAACAAAGUUACAUUUCUUUUAUUAAUUUGGGAGUUAAUUAGUUCUUAAUGGCUAUUAUUAGUGUUGACAUUUUUUAUGAUUAUGGAUUUUUUGGUGGGAGGGUUGGAGUGUAUGAGCAUGAAAUGUGAUUACUUUCUACAUUUGGAUUUAUCAUAGUGUUUAUGAUAUUGGUUUUAAAAUGGAAAUUUUGUUGGCUAUUUUGAUUAUAUGAUUGCUCACAUGUAUGCUUGUUGCCCUUUUUUUUUUUUUUUUUCCAUUUUUAUAAUUUUGGGGAAGGAGGUGAGUUUCCUUUUCUCUUGUGUUAGCCAAGAUUAAUGGAUAAAAAGGAAAUGAGUGCGAGGAUGGAAACUAGUGAGAAUUUGUGUCAAGUUGUGGGAGGAGUCAAUGGACAUUUAAAGAACUUGGUUAAUGGGGUUGUGUCCGAGACUGUUAUUGUGCAAAGUUCUAAAGAAAAUGUAUGUUUUAGUGGAGAAAAUGCAGGUUUGAGGUUCCAAAAUAAUGGCUUUGGAUCAUGUAAGCAUCAGGAGGUUGAUUAUGGGGGAGGAAUUUGUCAGCCUAAUGGGGUUGCAUCUGAGACUGUCAUUGUGGUUGACACCAUCGAUGCAACAACUUUUUGUACAAGUGAUGGGGUAUUAGAGUCGAAAGAUAAUGGAUUGGAUUCAAGUAAAGUAUUGGCAGACAUGCCAAAGACAAAAGUUGCUGAAGAAGAGGACUUAAGUAUGAUUGAUAUAAAGGGAACUGGUGGUGUCAACAGUCAGUUUAAAGAGUGUUAUGAUUGGGAAAGCCUUUGUAGAAUUUGCCAUUUGAAUUCCGAACAAUCGCUUCAUAUUACAUCAACUACAGCAGCUACCAUGGAGCUAAUUCAAAUUGGUUGUGGGUGCAAAGAUGAGCUAGGAAUUGCACAUGGUCAUUGCGCAGAGGCAUGGUUUAAGCUGAAAGGAAACAGAUUAUGCGAAAUUUGUGGCCAGACGGCUGGAAAUAUUACUGGUGUUAAAGAUAAUGGAUUUAUCGAAAAUUGGCAUCACCAAGGAUCUACCACUGUUAGUGUUAGGACAUCAGAUCAAGGUCGGGAUCAUUGGCGUGGACAACCAUACCGUAACUUCCUCUUAGCGUGCCUAGUAAUAGCAUUUGUAUUGCCAUUGUUCUUUCAUGUAAAUAUGUUUUAGCCGGACACAAACAAAACAUAAAAUUCUUUUCGUUUUUAUCACUCAUUUCCACGCCAACGUUACUCAGACAGACGUUUAGUUUGCUUCAACUCUUUAUUUACAAGAGGUACUUUUUAAA